GGGACGCAGGUGGUCUCCCCAACCCUGAUGCGCUUUCAGAGGCCUGCGCUGGGAGGGCGAUAAUAUCUCUCAUAGAUUUAUAUUCAGGUAACGACCAAUUUCCUGUAUACCCAUCUGACAGACCCAUGACGGCUAUGCAUACUCCUCGAGGGUUGAUCCAUAUGAACAUCGCAUCGCAAGGGUGGACGAAUGCGGUUGCCAUGGUCCAGAGGCACAUGGUGAGGGCAAUGCAGCCCAUAAGUCCUCACAUUACGCAGCCUUAUAUUGACGAUCUGGCCGUGAAAGGGCCUAAGGAGAAGGAUGAGCAGGAGGUGAGACCGAGAAUCGGGCGCUUUGUCUGGGACCAUGUGCAAGACUUGUGCAGGGUCCUGGACCUACUAAAGGAGCAUAACCUCACUGCCAGUGGGCCGAAAUCGAGGCACUGCAUGAGCGGGGCCACUAUCUUAGGGUUUGUGUGCGACGAGAGGGGUCGUCGACCAGAUACUAAGAAGACCAACAAGAUCCUCGAAUGGCCAACACCGUUCGAGACUAUCACAGAGGUAAGCAGCUUCCUGGGCACAUGCGGAUUCUGGAGGAUCUUCAUAAAGGGGUUUGCGGCGAAGACUGAGCAAUCGCGAAAGCUUGUGCGUCAGGGCAAAGAUUGGGAGUGGGGAGAUAGGUUUGUACCGAGGGUGGACCCGACUGCUCUAGUUGGGUCUCUCAAGAACUUCGCUCCUUCGGAUCCGACUAUCGCCAGGUGGCUAACAUACAUCUGGAUGUUCGACUUCGAGUUGGAGCGGAUUCCGGGGAACAACAAUAGAGCGGAUGGGCUGAGUCAAGUCGACUGGGACAAGAAUAGCCAAGGAGUGAUCGAGGAUACUCCACCAGUCGACGGGUUCCUGGACAGUGAGGAGGAUGUGAGACUUCACAUCAACUCCUGGUCAUUGGCCGUGGGUAACUAUGUUACUCCGAGGCGACCUGUGUGGCUUGCGCCACCAAGACAUGUACAACGACCAGACCUAGUCCUUAAGCCCUAUAUUGAAGAAGACUCUUGGGGAAUGCCAGGUGUGGAUUGGAUGAUGGAUCUGGCCUUAGCAGGCAAGUACCAAUUACACGAGGACCUGCUAACAAUUGAGGAUGGGGCGCUGCAGGUAGGCAAGCACGAGAAAGUGAUAGGUGGGGUGUAUCUACUGGCAAAUGCGUUGCUUCAGGAAGAGGUGGUCAGGAAUACGGUGCAAGGUCAGGAAGAGGGUGAUAAUGUGAUCCACGAGAGAGAAGACGACGAUUUUGAGGAAGGUGAGAUUAAGGAAGCGUUUCGAGCAGAGGAAUAUGAGGGAGUAUACCUUGAACUCGGAAUGCUUCUUUCAUGUGAAAUGAGGGAACGGGACGCUUGCGCAAGAGUUCUGAAGAUGAGGCCGAGCUUUCUAGCGAGGGAUGGCCACCUGUUCAUGAGAAGCAAAGGGAAGGCUCCCAGAAGAGUAGUCUGCGGCGAGCGAUCCUCUCUUAGACCUAGGGAGCUGCUUUACCCAAGGUUUGUGAUGGAUAGAGGAUCCGAGUUUACCUGUGCGGAAGUAAAGACUCUUUUGAAGAAGUAUGGGGUAAUCGCCGAGUACACUACUGCGGCGCACCCUCAAGCUAAUGCACCUGUGGAGAGAGGGCAUAACACCAUCACAAAUCUUCUUGCCAAAUGGACCGAUGGUAGACCCAAUCAGUGGCCGAAUUUUCUAAGGGUCGCUUUCUUCGUGGAUAAUAUUACUGUCAGGAGAAACACCGGCUAUGCACCGACCACAUUAUGGUAUGGCAGGCACGCAACGUUUCUUAUCGAGAGCUUCCUGAAAACUUGGAGACGGGAAGACCUCGAGACUAAUCUGACGUUUGAAGAACUGCUUGACUCAAGGGCACAUCAGAUUGGCGCUAUAGAAGACAGGAUUGAGGAGGCGGCCAGUAGGACGGCUUACAGCCGUACCAAGGACAAGUUCAAGUGGGAUAACAUGGCAAGGGUAAGGAGAGAACCCCUCAAGGUGGGACACAUUGUGCUGCUGUAUGACUCAUCCCUGGAGAAGCAGUGGUCACAGAAGUUAGACAAGAGGUGGUUGGGACCGUACAGGGUCACCAGGUUUAACACCGCUUGGGGCAGCCAUGCCAAGAGGGAGGGUAGGGGCAGAGCUAGUGGAAACCCCUCAGGAGGCGACCAGAUAGAGGGCCUUGAAGGGGGGUCAGGAAUCGGCUAUGCCUCAGGAUAUGCCUCUGGUUGCAGGCCUACGAGACGCAUUGGGAUCUUGGGCCACUGGUUCGGGGCCAGAGGGACGUGUCGGCGAGCAGGUGGUGCCAACAGACGAGAGAACAGUCUGCCCUACUUCCCCAGAGGUCCCACUACAGGAGGUCACGAGCAAGAUCUCAACAGUCCCGUCAUCAAUACCUUCGCAGGAAGGAGACAAGAUGUCGCAGAAGAAGAUUGGCAAAUGCUUCUACUAUAAGAAGGGCAAGCAUCAAUCUAACGACUGCCCCUAGAGCCUCAAGGACGACACAAAUGGUUUGACCACCAGAGAGUCAUCUGGAGUAUGGAGAGAUAGGAAUGGAAUCCUGGUACCUAAGACUUGUGAUGGGGUGAGGGCGCAGUUGUAUAGGCAGCUGCAGGAGAGCAUGAGUGAUCAGGAGUAGGAUUUUCUAAUAAGGUCCGGAAAGGUCUGAGUUUAGUAUGCGUGAGGCAUCUCUGACCCUCUGACUGAUGGUUACUUGUAUAUAGGAGGAUACAUGGAGGAUUGGAUCAGACCCAUGUGCAUCAGCAAG